AUGCUAUUAAGUCACAGUGGACCCGGGAUCAAACGCAUGAAAAACAGUUAUAACUGUCAGAGUUUUCUGGAAACCCCUGAAGGUUUGCGCUACGCUCCAGCCUUUCAGGCUAUCCGAUGGGAGUAUGUCAUCAAUGUGUACAAGACGACUGAGCGGAUGAUGCGCGAUCGCGUCGUCCCCGAAGCUUGGCUCGGCAAAGUGUUUUGCCAGCAAUGGCUUCGUCUCCUGCACACACAUGAGCUGCAGACUCAAUACACCCGUUCCAGCAACAUCGGACACGGCCACAGCAGCAGCACAGGCGCUACUUCCGAUUCGGCUAACAACGCGUCACGUAUUCGCGUCACUCUGACUGGUCGUGAAUCCACACUGCCGAUCCCCGCAGCUGAUGCGUUGCGAGUGGAGGAGCCGGGUCCACGAAGCGACCUACCCGAAGAUGUCUUUUGGGCCACCUCCGAACGGUGCGGUCGUCGGAUGCACAACGGCGAUACGACGUGCAGUUGGCGUUGGACCGGAUUCCACUUCGGAUUCGAUGUCGUUGUUAAGUACAAAAGGAGAACAUUUUCAAUCAUUCGCUUCACCGAGUCACAUUCAACGGAAGGUUCCAUCAGCCACGCACCUCAUCUUCGUCUGAUGAUCUCACUCCGCGUCAAGCCACUGACACCUACGGGCCAUGAGACCACCAACUCUCCCGACGAUCUCGACACUUUAGUCGAUGUAGUUAACGAGCCCGUAGAAAAAUCAGGAGACCAAGAUUCCGAAUCGUGCAUUACCUCUGGCGUUCUGCGGCUCAGUUUGGAGGAGAAUGUGCUCAUCGAUGUACUCCGUCUUCCGGAUCACUUUGUCUUUCCCGCCGUUGUAGCCGCUAACAUACUCCGAUACGACCCGAUCGGCUGGAUUCCGAUCACCAACACCGCUUUUCGUGAGGAUGCUUAAAUGCUGCGCCAACUAUACCUUUCCAUCAGCGCCUGGUGUGAGCGACGCGCGCGUUCUUCCUCUCCCAGUCUUUCAUUCCGUCAAGAUGGAUUACCAAGCGCCGUUCGCGUUGAAUGUGUCUGCGUGUGUGCGCGCGCUUGCUCCAUCUGUGAUUCCUCAUUCGCACGCGUACGCAGCACCAGCCUGACCACGGCCUUAGGAGCACAUGUUUCCGCAUGCUCUGUUGUCGUGCGCCACGACGCAUUUAGCAUCACAUCUUUGAGCACUAUCGAUCUGCAAUUGAAUCUUGCUAUCCACGCUUUGUAAACAAACUAUAUGUAUCACUUCCAUUUCCACGUUCCACAGCGUAUUUAUACUUUUUUUGACUUUGUACACUUUCACUUCUCAGAUGUAACCAGAAUAGUCUGUAGCCUCAGUGCGCGCACACUGUCCUGUUGUUCGCUUCAGUCACAUUGUCUUUCCGCUUUUCCAUCCGGAAGCCGUUUUUUCCCACCAUCACCUUUGUUCCAGUGCUCGACGCAUCUCUUCACUUCUCCUGCUUAUCAUCAGUCUUUUUUCUCUCCCUAAAACAGAGAGUUUUACCCUCCGUUUUCUCUGCGCCCUGUGUUCUACUUUCAACUUUCUCCUCCUUCGUGGAGGUUUUUAUUUUCUCGACCCGAUAGUGUGUUACUUUCUGGUCACUGACACGGCUGUUGUGGUACACAUAUGAUCACUAAAAAGCCGUAUUAGUAAAUG